CGUCAGUACAAAAGAGAAGGCCAAAUGACAGACAAAGGAGAGAGUCUGGAACUCCCAGGACUGAGAAGAUGGAGGUUGAUCAGGACUGGACCAGCGUGUACCCAGCAGCAGCUGCUUUUAAACCUUCCUCAGUGCCCCUCCCCAUUCGGAUGGGCUACCCAGUGAAAAGGGGAGUACCUCCGGCGAAAGAAGGCAACUUGGAACUUAUAAAGAUCCCCAAUUUCUUGCAUCUAACACCGGUUGCCAUCAGGAAACACUGUGCUGCUCUUAAAGACUUCUGCACAGAGUGGCCAGCUGCCCUGGAUAACGAUGAGAAAUGUACGCAGCAUUUCCCCAUAGAAACUGAAACAACAGACUACGUUUCAGCAGGCCCAUCUGUUCGUAACCCUAAAGCAAGAGUGGUGACCUUAAGAGUAAAGCUUUCGAGCCUCAACUUGGAUGACCAUGCAAAAAAGAAGUUCAUUAAACUUGUAGGGGAGAGAUACUGCAAGGGCACAGAUAUCCUGACCAUUACAACAGACAGGUGCCCCUUAAGAAGGCAAAACUAUGACCAUGGAUUAUACCUUCUGACAGUGCUAUUCCAUGAAUCGUGGAAAACGGAACCAUGGGAAAAAGAAAAGACUGAAGCUGAUAUGGAGGAAUACAUAUGGGAGAACAGCGCCUCUGAAAAGAGUGCUUUGGACACACUGCUUCGAAUCAGAGCAGCUGAAACAACUGAGGAAACCAGCAGAGAGGCCCUGCUCGCCUCAGAGAUCGUUCAAGACUACAAAAAAUCGAUGGUUGCACUGAGAAAUGAAGGAGACAUGGAGAAGAACCUUUCAGAGUAUAAGGAGUCUGUCAAACGAUUACUGAACUUGAAUGCCUUGUAGUGAAAAGACUCUUCAAUGUAUAUGUGCAUCAUACAGUUCGCACGGGUAUCUGGUUUAAACUUCCGUGACCUUUCUAUGAUCAGUUUCUUACACCAAUGACCUUACUGUUCUGGCAAUGCAUAUUCCCUGUAUAUAUAAAAAUACAUUGUCCAAAGAAGGCCUAGUAACCCAGUCUUGCGUUCUAGGCCUCUUUGGGAUUCUUUUCACCCUACAAACAUUCUGCUUUUUAGCAUGAAUGAGUAACUUUCAUUGAAGCCUUGGAAGUGUUCCUUGGAACUAGCACAUUUCUAACCCACAACUGU